AAGAGCCAUUUGUUUGCCAGAUUCUAACCUAUUGAAAGUGACUAAGCGAAUAAAUCUGCAGAUUUGAGGUCAGGAAUGCCACGACACACAUUCAACAGGAGAGUUCUGGUCUCUCAUUGUCUCUUUCUCUAUCCCCAUCUAAUUUAAGGCAUGCGUAGAUGCUGCAUAACUUUCAGAGUCACGAGUCUAUGCACUUUGUAAUCUGAGUAGUAAAUGUUAUAGAUUUUGAACUAGGAAAACUUUUCUCAAGCUUUUUUGAUUUAUAUUACUUAUACGACAUGUUGGUUGAAGUUUUUUAGAGCUAUUUAGAGUUAUCAAAUGGCUAGAGAGUAUGUAAAAAAUUGCCAUGGGUGAAGAGUAUUUAAUAUUCGGCGUUGGUUAAUUUAAAACUUAUCUUAUAUGAGCUUUGUGCAGAAACGUUAAUAAUGACUGAUAGGUUGUGGUAUCUGUGUGUCUAUGGGGAAAAACAUUUGCCAUAUCUUAGGUCUGUUUCAACCUAAGGUGUGUGUGUGAGUGUACUAAGGUGUGUGUGUGUGGGAAGUAAAUUGUAACUAUGAAGUUGUAUUUGUACUUUACAAAUUCGCGCUGCUUCGCUCUGACUUUGCCGUUGAAUGACGCAGUCCAUUUGCUCAUUUUGACGCUCUACUUUCACACUGUUGGGGCAAAAAGAGAGUGCUUGAAUGGCAUUAGAAACGCUGAGAUAGACAGAGCGAGAGAGAGAGAGAGGCACUGAGCAAGAGAGAGAGACAAUGACUGGUUUCUUCAUACUGUUGUGUGUGCUUUUUUUUGUUGUUUUUAUAUUUUGUUCGGUUACUUUUGUUUAGAUUUUGUUUUGUGUUGCUCGCUGGCAGUCGCUGCCGUUCCAUCUGUUCCUCUGCUCUGUUUAGUUUGCUGCCAAAGACACAGACGACAACAAAUUAAUAAUAACACAACAAAAUAAAAACUAAAGAGAAAAUGUGCUGGCAGUUGCUUAAGACUAGACGAGACGCAGCGAGAAUCUAAAACUACUUGAGGAAAGCCUUCCCUCCCUUCCCCACCAACCCCAAAAAAAAUUGCCCCAUCCAACUGAACCACCUUGCCAGCAGCAGAACAUCAUCAUCGUCAUCAUCAUCAUCAUCAGCCGCAGCAGCAGCAGCAGUGAGAAAUGCCACCACACAAGUGGACGGAUGAAUCGCGCGAUGCCUCCUGCUAUUACGAUGAGGAUACUCUUGGUCGUACCGCCGGUUCCUCCACAGACAAUGAAGACGACAAUGAGGAGGCGGAUGAUGAACAGGAGGCGUUUUGUGCUGGUGAUAGGCCACUAAUUCGAGGCACUGCAGCGACAAAUGAGGAUUUCCUGCAAACGCGUCACAUUUUCGGUUUAAUGGGCUUUCUUGGAUUUGCUGUGGUCUAUGCCAUGCGAGUGAAUCUAUCGGUGGCCAUAGUGGCAAUGGUCAAUCAGACAGCCAUUCCUCAUACGAAUAACUCUGUGAUGGAUAACGAUACCUGCCCAAUGCCACCUCCGCCCCAGAAUAGUAGCUACAAACCACCGCCAGAGGGCGAAUUCAUUUGGGAUGAGGCCACACAGGGUCUGGUGCUCGGUAGCUUCUUUUACGGAUAUGUUCUAACCCAGGUGCCUGGCGGCCGAAUGGCCGAAGUGGUUGGUGGCAAACUGAUCUAUGGCUAUGGUGUCCUCAUUACGGCAAUAUUCACAAUGCUUACGCCGCUGGCGGCUCGUUGGGAUUUGCCAUUGUUGGUGCUGGUACGCAUACUAGAAGGAAUGGGCGAAGGCGUCACUUAUCCGGCCAUGCACGCCAUGCUAGCCCAUUGGAUACCGCCGCUGGAGCGCAACAAGUUCGCUGCCAUUGUCUAUGCGGGCUCCAAUAUUGGGACUGUAAUCUCGAUGCCCCUAGCUGGAUGGCUGUGCUCAUUGGACUUUCUGGGCGGUUGGCCAUCGGCCUUCUACAUAUUUGGAUUGCUGGGAAUGCUUUGGUUUGUCUGCUGGAUGUAUUUGGUUUACGACAGUCCUAGUGUCCAUCCACGCAUCUCGCGCUCGGAGAGAGAAUACAUUAAGCGAAGUUUACGUAUUCAAUGUAAUCGACGGGUCAAUGCUAUUGAGGCGCCGCUUGACCAUGAGGCGGAGGAGGAGGAGGAUGGGGAAUCGUCGUCAGAUGAGGAGCAUGAGGAGAGACAACAAGAUGAUGCAAGUGCAUCAACAAAUAAUGUGCCCUGGUUUUCGCUGUUCACAUCGGUGCCACUGUGGGCCAUUCUUCUUACCCAAUGUGGCCAGAGUUGGGCCUUCUAUACCCAGCUUACAGAGCUUCCCACCUAUAUGGCCAACAUACUGCAUUUCGACAUCCAAUCGAAUGCCAUCCUAAACGCUGUGCCCCCGCUAACGGCCUGGUUUGUGGGCAUUGCCUGUUCCGCGCUCGCUGAUUGGAUGCUGGCCAAGCGGUAUAUCACCCAAAUCAAUUCGUACAAAUUGUGGAAUACUGUGGCAUCGGUGGUGCCCUCGCUUGGUCUUAUUGGCAUCAUCUAUGUGGGCUGCGAUUGGGUCUGGGUUACAUUUAUGUUGGCUGGAGUCGGUUCGUUUGGCGGAGCCGUCUAUGCUGGCAACCAAAUGAAUCACAUUGCCCUUAGUCCACGCUAUGCUGGUACCAUGUACGGCAUAACCAACUCGGCGGCAAAUAUCUGUGGCUUCCUGGCCCCCUAUGUGGUUGGCCUGAUUAUCAAUCAUCGUGAGACUUUAACCCAAUGGCACAUUGUCUUCUGGCUGGCCGCUGGUUUUAGUAUAGCUGGCAAUUUCAUAUAUCUGAUGUUUGCCAGCGCCGAGGAGCAGAGCUGGUCCCUGCCCAUAUCGUCCGGUGUCCGGCGGCGGCGUCGGCGUCGGUCAGUGCGCACCUAACUAAGACCAAAUAAUGUUAUACACUUAGAGGAUAAGCAUGUGUGAUAAAUAACUAUUAUAUACAUAUAUAUAGAUAUAUAUAUAUAUCUACGGUUUGAUCAUUUCCUUUAGUCGCAGUAUUCCUGGAGGUGGUGGAGGCCUCUAGCCAACGAUCCUAUAUCUUCACAGUUAACAUGGACAAUUUGUUGUUUUCUAUGCGUUUUUCCAGUUUGACUUUUUUUUACUUUUUUCCUAUUUUGGAUAGCAAUUCCUAUGGAUAACUAUGUUUUUUAGCUCCGAAUAUUUACACAGAUAUAUACAAUAACAUUCAUAAAAUUAUAUACAAAUGGAAAUAUAUAUUUACUACUAAGUAUUAAAACCGUUAAAUAUGUAUAUCAAAGAGCAAAUUUAGUACCUUAAGCGUGCAGUAAAUUCUCCACCUGAGACCUACUGCCGAUUUGUAUAGGUUUAUAUUAUAUAUCUGGAUAUUAUAUCUAUUCAAUGCAUAUGUAUACGAAUAAAAGAAAAAGCACAAAAAACAUA